AUGCUCCCGCGAGCGAGCAGCCGCUUCCUCCCGGAGAUCCCUCGCCGCAGGUCCCCGCACCGCCGCGCGCACACGGCCAGCGCGGCGCUGCAGUGGCUGGAUGACGAGCUCACCACGCUCGCCCGACCACCACCCGUGCCCGGGCCCGGGGUCGACGCGCACGCGUGCGCCAGGCUCCUGCAGGGCUGCGUGGCGCGCGGCGACGCCCGGGGCGGCCGCGCCGUGCACGGCCACGUCCUGCGGGGCGGCGGCCUCGACCUCUUCUGCGCCAACGUCCUGCUCAACCUCUACGCCAAGCUCGGCCCCUUCGCCGGCGCGCGCAGGGUGUUCGACGGCUUGCCGGAGCGGAACACGGUGUCCUUCGUCACGCUCCUCCAGGCCCACGCGCUGCGCGGGCAGUACGAGCCCGCCGCGGCGCUGUUCCGGAGGUUGCGGCUGGAGGGCCACGAGGUGAACCAGUUCGCGCUCACCUCCGUGCUCAAGCUCGUCGUCGCCAUGGACGCUCUGAACCUCGCCUGGGCCGUGCACGCUUGCGCGUGCAGGCUGGGCCAUGACCGGAACGCCUUCGUCGGGUCCGCGCUGAUCGACGCCUACUCCAUGCGCGGGGCCGUCGGCGACGCAAGGCGCCUGUUUGACGGGAUCGUGGGUAAGGACGCCGUUGCUUGGACUGCCAUGGUUUCUUGCUAUUCUGAGAAUAACUGCCCGGAGAACGCGCUUCAGGUUUUCCGGGAGAUGAGGCUGGCGGCUUCUAAGAUCAACCCCUUUGCGCUGACCAGUGUGCUCAGGGCGGCCGUCUGUUUGUCGUCGGUUGCGCUUGGCAAGGGUAUCCAUGCCUGCUCAGUGAAAACGCUUUAUGAUGUCGAGCCUCGCGUUUGUGGUGCGCUGCUUGAUAUGUACGCCAAGUGUGGGAAGAUUGAGGAUGCCCGCUUGGCUUUCGAGAUGGUUCACCAUGAUGAUGUUAUACUCUGGAGUUUUAUGAUAUCCCUGUACGCGCAGAGCAACCAGAACGAGCAGGCUUUCGGGCUGUUCAUCAAAAUGAUGCGGUCUUCUGUGGUGCCUAAUGAAUUUAGUCUAUCAAGUGUUCUGCAAGCUUGUGCCAACAUGCCCCUCUUGGACCUAGGCGAGCAAAUUCAUAGCAAUGCUAUAAAGAUUGGUCACGAGUCUGAGUUAUUUGUUGGAAAUGCACUAAUGGAUCUCUAUGCCAAGUGCAGUGACAUGGAAAGCUCACUCAAGAUCUUCUCGUCAUUGCGGGAUGCCAACGAGGUGAGCUGGAACACAGUUAUUGUUGGUUACAGCCAGUCUGGUUUUGGAGAAGAUGCUUUGAGUGUAUUCCGUGAGAUGCGUGCUGCUUUGGUUCCUUCAACUCAGGUUACAUUCUCAAGCGUGCUCCGGGCUUGUGCGAGCACCGCAUCCAUCAACCAUGUUGGCCAGGUUCAUUGUUUGGUUGAGAAAUCCACAUUCAACAGUGACACCAUUGUAAGUAAUGCACUUAUUGACUCAUACGCAAAGUGUGGAUGCAUCAGGGAUGCUCGCAAGAUAUUUGAAACUCAGAAAGAACACGACUUGAUUUCAUGGAAUUCCAUAAUCUCUGGAUAUGCUAUUCAUGGACAUGCUGCAGAUGCCCGAGAACUUUUUGACAGAAUGAAUAAGAGUGGUAUUGAAGCUAACGACAUCACUUUUGUUGCUCUCCUGUCUGUCUGCGGUAGCACAGGUUUAGUGAGCCAAGGACUCUCUCUGUUUGAUUCCAUGAAGCUUGAUCAUGGCAUCAAACCAUCCAUGGAGCAUUACACUUGCAUUGUUAGGCUUCUAGGACGUGCUGGCCGUCUGCAUGAUGCUCUGAACUUUAUUGGAGAUAUCCCUUCAGCACCAUCUGCUAUGGUUUGGCGUGCAUUGCUUAGCUCCUGUAUAGUGCAUAAAAAUGUGGAUCUGGGGAGAUUUUCUGCAGAGAAGGUGCUUGAGAUUGAACCACAAGACGAGACAACUUAUGUCUUGCUAUCAAACAUGUAUUCUGCAGCUGGAAAUUUGGACGAGGUUGCUCUUUUGAGGAAAUCAAUGAGGAAUAUAGGUGUAAGGAAGGAGACUGGUCUUAGUUGGGUUGAGAUGAAGGGUGAAGUUCAUGCCUUUUCAGUAGGGUUGGAAGACCAUCCAGAUAUGCGAGUGAUACAUGCUAUGCUAGAAUGGCUAAACCUGAAAACCCAUAGGGCAGGUUAUGUUCCUGAUACUGAUGUAGUGUUGCAUGACGUAGAUGUGGAACAAAAGGCUCGCAUGCUGUGGGUGCAUAGUGAGAGGUUGGCUUUAGCAUAUGGGCUUGUGAUGACGCCUCCUGGCCAUCCAAUUCGGAUAAUGAAGAAUUUGCGCUCCUGCUUGGACUGCCAUGCCAUAUUUAAGGUGAUAUCCAACAUAGUAAAACAGGAAAUUAUUGUGAGGGACAUCAACCGCUUUCAUCAUUUUGACAAGGGAACAUGCUCAUGUGCUGACUACUGCCGAAUCAUGUUGGCAUCAAUCAGCAGGGUAAUUUGCCCCCAAAAGAGAGAGGCUUUCUUGAUCUGGACUGAGCAAAGAUCCGAGAUUCCGGCAACCUUUGAGCUACGGAGAAUCGGUGCAUCUUGCCGGGAAGACGACAAACUGUUUCUUCAUCCGCCUGGUCAGGUACUUGCGAAGGCUUUGUACUGCAAGAUUGUUGGGUCUGUAGUUUGUAGUGCUACAUAGUUUGCAUCUCCUCUAAUUCUUGCCCGGAGACAAUUGACUUAUUUUACGCACUUGGUUUCUGCACAACAAAUAACAGCCAUUUCAUUAGGUUGCAAGUAAGUCCUCAUGCCUAUAAUCUGUCGUCCUUGAGCGGCGCUAGUUGGGAUUAGCUGGGUGUUAAACUCAAUUUGUUAAUGGAGUUUAUGCGCAGGGGAAUCGUUUUCUUCCUGGCAUCAAAGCAAAUCUCUCUGCAAGGCCUGGCAUGAGGAACCUGAUCAGUACUUGUAUGACCAUGAAAUGAGAUUCUUGACUUGACUUGUGGCUGCUGAUGGCAUGCAGGGUGAUGAAUGAAGCCUGAGACGGGCUGCCUGCAGGAAACAUACUAACAUGGUACGUUACGUGGCAGACAUACUAACAUGCAAGAUGCAACCAAAGAAUUCCAUCGCCUUCAUGUGCGUGCGUGACAGACAUUUCAGCUUUAUAUAUAUGGGGCCAUUGUGAUAAUGUUUAUCCAGACCUGGUUAUUGUCCAGCACAGUCACUGAUGCAGAUGUUUCUGGAAUCCAGCGCCGGUUGCUUUCGCGGCGGAACGUGACGAUUCGUGGAGGAACAGGCAGAGAUUCCGCCGUUUAGCUCUACGUGUUUGGCAGCCUCCAACAGGUGACGGCGAUGGCACCGGAAUUAUCUCGGUUUUGCGUGCAGGUUAUUAGGUCGUUGAUGCGUAAAUUAUCGUGCUAUUGGAUAGUUAUAUUGGGGUAUGUUUCAACAACUUUUUUCGAGGGUCAAAUUCACUAUGAUGUCACACAUAAUUAUUAUGUCUAUAGUGCAAAAAAUCGAUAUGCAUUACGCAUAAGUUAUCAAGAUACGUCAACAACUUCUUUUAUGUUAAAAUUACCACAGUGUAAUUUAGAAAAAGAAUCACCACAGUUUUGUAAAUACUAACAAAGCAGCCCAUUAUCUAGAAAAGCUGAACAAAAGACAGUAGAAAAGGAAAGGAAAAAAUCGGUAAAAAAGAAAAAAAGAAAAUAGUUUAUUGUUUUCCUGUGGUCAUGUCACAUGGCGGUAUAAAUAUUAUCUGGCCUCAUUUCGACCACAACUGAAGCUAGAUCAAGUGGUUACGAACUGGUACAGCGGCAGGAGAACGAAGCAUGAGAAGUUGGAUGAAAGAAAGUGAAGUCUGAUUUAAACCUUUUAAGUUUACAGAGGGCGUUGAAAUCCGGGAAGUCUAUACCUUGACCUUACCGAUCCGGGUUGUUUUCGACCUUCACGUUACUCAUAGUGACGAAUAUCAUAUACUAUGGUAUAAUAUUACUUUCAUAAUGUAUAUUAGUAUCAUAGAUGGUCUUAUUUAUUAACAUGCACGACACAUAGUAGCAUAUCAUUUAACAUGAUAGACUAGUCAUAGUGGGGAGUAACUAAGUAGUAACAUCAACGCCACGUGGGCAAAAAAUCUGACGUGACAAGUAUUUAAUGUGGAGAGAGAUGGUAGUGGUAACAUAGCUAGUUACCAUCACAUCACAUAUUUCAAUGCACUAUGUGUCUACAACCUAAUAAAUGUUUGUUUGCAUGA